AUGCCUGCGAACUUAGAUAUCGUUGUCGUGGGAUGCAUAAACUCGGACCUUGUCUCCUUCGUAUCGCGACUUCCGAGCGCCGGGGAGACUGUGUUUUCUUCUACGCUGGAAAGUCAUUUUGGUGGCAAGGGAGCUAACCAGGCUGCUCAAGUUGCUCUCUUGCAGCGGGGUCGUUCCGCUUGUCGAGGAGUGACCCACGAAUGUGCCUUUGGUGCCUCACAGCAAGUCUCGGACACUGCGACAUUCGAAAAGCGUAUAGCGAAAGUGAUCGUUUCAGAGAAUGGAGUUCCGGGGUCAGUCUCAGUGGAGUGUUUCCGAAUUGCCAAGAAGGCAAAUGCCGGUGUCUUGACUGUGUUUACGCCCGCGCCGGUGGACUCCGUCGAUCCAGAGAUCUGUUGCUUCACGGACUUUCUGCUUUGCAACAGCAUCGAAGCGAAAGCUCUCGUGAACAUGUGGGACGGCCGAAUGGCUGUGAAUGAAACGGAAGACGAAGAAUGCAUGGCACGCCGUCUCCAUGAGGUGUUGCUUCGUACGGCCUCUCGGUUUCCAGAAGGUGCGCGAGGUAGUGCCAAUGUUGUUAUCACGCGCGGAGCCCACCCCUGUGUUAUAUUUGCAAAUGGGAAGGCCAUGAAAGUGCCGCUGGCGAAACAGGUUCCGAGUGAGCUUGUGGUAGACACGACGGGGGCCGGCGACUCAUUUGCAGGAUCUUUUGCUUAUUUUCUCCUACAAAACCCUAAUUCGCCAGAAGCAGCGGUAACGAAGGCGACGUUCGUAGCAGCGCAAUCAGUCACGAAGAGAGGCGCUGCGGAAAGCUACGCUGGAAGGGACGAGCUUCCCGAUCAUUUAUUCCAACCUUCAUAA